GUUGACAUCACCAAAUCAGAAAAUUAUUCCCUCAACAACAUCGCAAAAUGUCUUACGCUUAUUUAUUCAAGUACAUUAUAAUCGGUGAUACGGGUGUUGGUAAAUCCUGCCUGUUAUUACAGUUCACAGAUAAAAGAUUUCAACCAGUACAUGACCUCACUAUAGGUGUAGAGUUUGGCGCUCGUAUGAUAACUAUUGAUGGUAAACAAAUCAAAUUACAAAUAUGGGACACAGGACGAGAUACAUUUAAUCAUCUAACAACGUGGUUAGAAGAUGCUAGACAACAUUCUAAUAGUAAUAUGGUCAUUAUGCUUAUAGGUAAUAAAAGUGAUUUAGAAGCUAGGAGAGAAGUUAAGAAAGAAGAAGGAGAAGCCUUUGCCAGGGAACAUGGAUUAAUAUUUAUGGAAACAUCUGCAAAAACAGCUGCUAAUGUUGAGGAGGCAUUUAUAAACACAGCUAAAGAAAUUUAUCAAAAAAUUCAAGAUGGUGUGUUUGAUAUUAAUAAUGAGGCAAAUGGUAUUAAAAUAGGCCCACAACAUUCUCCAGCAAAUCAGAAUAUUUCUUCACCAGGCGGUGGUUCAAAUCAAGGUGGUGGCUGUUGUUGAUCUUCUAUAUUAAAAACUCAGCUAAGGGGGAUAAUUACUACUUGAACUCUAAAUUUUACUCUUCAUUGAGUUGUUUUGUGAGAACUAAAAGGACUAAUCCUUUGCUGAUUUUUAUGUAAUGAUUACCACAAGAAAACAAUUUUAAAAAAAGAAACAACAAAAAUACAUUGUAAAUUUUAUGUUAUUAUUCAGUUCUUAUAUUAAUUUUUUUUUUGACUUCUACUAAAUCCAUUCCAUUUUCAUCUUGAGUGCUGAACAUUAGAUUUAGGUAUGAAUUCAUGCAUGACACUUCUGGUCAUUUGAAACAGGGUGAUAAAUGCAGGGUGAUCAACAACAUUUAUGAGACUAUGAAUACAUAAUGACAAGACUUGACAUUUUGACUGCCAAGAUUUAAAUUUUCGUCUCUUCUCAGCUUUGAUAGGCCAGUAUGAUUUUUUGAUCGCAAGAAGGAAACAGACACAUGAUUAUCCAAAAAAUGAUGAAAUGGUCCAUUACCUACUUCUAUAAAUAUAAAAUUACUUGGUUAACAAGUAUUUUAAGUAACUGUGCUAUGAGACACUCAUAGUUACUGAUUAUUAUUACUGGAUAAGGGUGGCUUUACAAUGAGUUUAUAUUUGAGUUUCAACCUAUAUAUUAAAGAAUUCAUUUUAACAGCAUGAUAGUUUGAACACAUUCAAAUAUAAAUUCAGUCUAUUUUUGAGUUCUUAUUUAACUAUAAAUGAAACACAAAUAAAAAAAAAAUAAACUGUAUUUUAUUGUGUAUAAUAUAUAUGUAUUAUAUUAAAUAUUGUUAUUGUGUAUUAUGUACAUGUAUCUUAGACUGCAAUAUACAUUGGAUAACUUUUACAAUUUUCAGUUAUUUUCAAAAAUUAUAAAAAAAAAAACAAUAAGAGGGAUUUUGUAGGAAAAUUGAGAGAAAGAUAUAAAACUAUGCGACAGUAAUGAAUCAACUGAUUUGUAUUAGUCAUAGGUACAUAUUGGUACCAAUUACUAGAUUUGGGAAGUCACUAAAUAUUAUAAACUUUUAUUAGAAUAAUUUGUUGAUAUUGUUAUGUUAAGAGGAUUUGUUGUAUGUAUAUUGCAGUCUUUUUUUGGAUGUGUUGAAGAGAGGCAGAAUUUGAAUAUUAAAACAUUUGUAGUUCUAUAAACUCUAUGUAUUGUCUUUCUUCUUUUCUGGUAUUUUGGAAACAACUUAUAUGCACUGUUAAAUACUGCUUAGAAUUUCUUCAUGUGACUUUCUAGAACUUAGCUAUUUUGUACAAAUAAAUCUAAAAGUAUAUGAAAGAGAAUUUAAAAUAAACAAAAUUGAUGUGAUUUAUUAACAAAUGAAAAGCCUUUUACUUCAAUGCACGGAACAAUGUUGUCUCAUGUUUUGUACACAUGUAUUCUGAAUGUAUGUAUGAUUUCUUUUCUAUGUGAUAUUCAAAUUUAGUAGAAAUGCAGGGUCACCAGCUCACUCAGUUUCACUACUGACUAAGGCUAUAAAAUGCUAUUUGGAAUAUUAUUUUGAUAAACAAAAUGAUUUACUAGUUAAAAAGAGUUAUUCCCCUUUGCCCACUUGGCAGUUUCAUGUAUUAGGGAUACCCAUAAAGUUUUGGAAUGCUGUAUCAGCCAAUAUUCUGUGACUGGUUAUAGAUAAUUAAAUUUAAGUAUGUGCAUAAUGUAAUGUUAUAUAUAAACACUAUGGAAUAUUAGAAUAACUGGUAAUAUAUUAUACAAACAAUUGUUAACUAUUUCCCUCCUUAUUUUUGUUCUAUAAACAACAACAGUAUGAGUGAUAAUUAUUUAACUAUCUUUAUUUUUCUUGACAAUUCAACUUGUAGAACUUUUUGUUUUUAGUUUUCUUGUGCAAUAAAGUUUAAAA